AUGGACUUCCGGAAACUGCUGCUUAUGGCCAUUUUUGUGGCUGAGUGUCGCUCGCAGAACAUAAGAUGGGGCCCGAAAGAAAGGCAGGCGAUUGUGGACUGUCAUAAUAAGAUUCGCGGGCAGGUGGAUGCUUGUCACAUGCCGCCGCUGAAAUAUAGCAUGAAGAUGGAGAAGGAGGCUAAAGCAUGGCUGUCGACCUGUCAGUAUCAACACCAAGAACGUGAUUUCGGAGAAAACUUAGCCAAGUUGAGAUCCAAGAAAACGGAGCUGGAGAUUGGAGUUCAGAGUUGUGGAAUGUGGGCUAAGGAGAAGGGUGGUUACAAAGAGAGCCAAGCGGAGUGUAAGCCCUCCUGCCACUAUACCCAGAUGGUCGAAAACAGUACGACAGAAGUGGGCUGCGCCUUGAACAACUGUUCAAAUGUUUGGCUCGUCGCCUGCUAUUACUACCCACCCGGUAACGUCGAGGGGCGAAAACCCUACACUCGCGACUGCACCAAAAAAUGUAAGGAUGGUCAGACAUACAACGAAGGGCUGUGCUAUGAUAACACUAAGACUCGUAGUGUAGAUGAGUUCGAUACCAAUAAGUCAGAUACCGAUGAAUCCGAUACCAAUGAGGUAGAUACCCCUUUACCACCAACAACACCCGAGACUACUCCUUCACCAACAACCACAACAUCAACAACUACAACAACUGAGACGACCACUACGCAGCCACCAACAACAACAGCCGAGACUACUCUUUCACCAACAACAACCACAACAUCAACAACUACAACAACUGAGACGACUACUACGCAGCCACCAACAACAACACCUGAGGCUACGACUACUACAACAACCGAGGCUACGACGACUCCACCUUAUACAACUACAACUACAACACCUACUCCACCACCGAUAAAAUCUGCUGCAAAAAAUGACUGCAAGAAUAAAAGUUCUAAGUGUCCAAGACGUUAUAUCCCAGGAUAUUGCGACAAUUUUCCAAACGCAAAAACGAUGUGCAAGAGAUAUUGCAGACAGUGCAACUGA